CCAAAACAUCAGCAAAACGCUAUUAAACUGCUACAGUAUUGUUGAUGCCAGUGCACACUGGGCUAUUAGAUUAAUACAUUCUCGGGAUCAAAGCCCACACAAGGAGUUUUACAGCCCGGAGCUAUUUUUUCCUUUCCUUUGCCCUCCUGACAGUAGUCCUUCAAAACUCUCUGUUCUGCUCCUCUUUGAACACACAGCUUUCCCUUUAGUCACGGAAAUGUAAUUUAUGUCUAUUAUACUGUAUUAUAGAUUAAAUCUGCGGAACUUGCAUUGUUGGCUGCAACUUCUGUAGUUUGUUGUAGAGGAUAGAAACAAAAAUGACUCGCUUUAGCAGAGCAGACUAACGCUAUAAUAUACACGCAGACACUCAUCAAGGAUCAAAAUAGCGUGCGCAACGGUUUAUUAAUGCUAGGUGUGCUGGUUGUUUGCAUGUGUUUGGUUUUGUAGAUGGGAAUGGGGGAACGCUUGUCGGUUCAGUACAUUGGACCACCCAGUAAGUGAGUGAGAGGGAGAGACUUGCUACUGGUUGAGCACGCCCAGGGUUCAAAGGUUCAUGAGAGAAAGAACUAACCAAUCUAUUCUGUUAUUAGCAGUCUUGUUUUACAAGCAGAUUGAAAGAGAAAAAUAGAUCUCAAAAAAGACUGCUGGUUGGUGACUGUGUGCCUAUAGGACUUUAUGAUCCAGAGUUGAGGGACUACAAAAUCAUUUACCUCACCAGCAGGGUUGAGCGUCCUCUUAGUUAUAUCAAUCUGAAGAGGACUUUCAGUGCCUCACUAACACCUCUAACAAACAAGAGGUUAUCAUCAUCAGUGGUAACAUUUUUGGUGUUUUUUUCAUCUUUAAUCUGCAUAAUGUUUGAUAAUUCUCAAUAUCCUUAUAACUGUUUCAAUUAUGAUGGAGAUGACUAUCCCACAUGUAGCUCAGAUGAAGAGAAGAAAAUAUCCAGACCUGCGUACAGUUACAUAGCCCUCAUCGCUAUGGCCAUCCAACAGAGUCCUGGAACCAAAGUUACCUUGUCUGGUAUCUAUGAUUUUAUCAUGAAGAAAUUCCCUUACUACAGAUCCAAUCAAAGAGCGUGGCAGAACUCCAUCCGACAUAACCUGUCACUUAACAGCUGCUUUGUAAAGGUUCCCAGAACUGAGGGCAAUGAGAAAGGGAAAGGGAACUACUGGACGUUUGCGACAGGCUGCGAAUCCAUGCUGGAUCUCUUUGAAAACGGGAACUACAGGAGAAGAAGGAGGAGGCGCAAUAUGAAAUCAGGAUACAGAGACGAGACGGAUCAGAGUGACGGGCCCCCAUCCCCAGAGCUGCCCUCUGCACUCGCGGGCUUCAGCAACAACCAUCUGGGGACUGGGUCCAGGCAGCUGGAAUCGGACGCCUUCUGUCCUAGUGACACCAGCCAUCGGCAGGUUGAGGUGAACUCCGGCCUGCCAAAACCUGACUCUGAAAUCAAGUUUAGCAUUGAUUACAUCCUGUCAGCUCCAGAUCCAAUGCCAGGGCUGAGACCCCACUUCAGUGGGACGGUUAGUAAACUUCAUCAACUGGAGCCACAUCACAUCAACCUGCAUUUCUGGACAAUGUGAAACUAGAGUCAUGUCUUAGAGGAAAAGAGUUGGCAAUGGCUGAAAAAGCACGUCAUAAAGACCUGAAUUCAUCCCCAGCUUACCAGAUAGUAAAACUACAGUUUUUAGUUUAUGUACUGGUGUGAGCUACCUUCCUCAUUGUCUUGUACACAUCUACACAGGUUUCCUCAGUUACAGUGCUUUUAUAGGUACCUUAGUGUAGAGGAAAAGGUGGUAUCUGGCACAAAUAUAACACGCUAUGAUGAUCAUUUACAAUGUACAGGACCAUGUGCAUUGUAGUGUGCCUGACUGGUUAACUCUAUCAAAUCUGCUUUUCAUUUAAACCAUGGUAGCUCUGAAAACUUUAAGCACUUAAACACAGACAGCUUGAUCAAAAGGGACAAAAUAAUAACUAGGUUUCUAAAAAAAAAAAAAAAUAAUAAUAAAGUCACUAAACUCUCAAAGUGCUUUACUCCAAUUAUAUAUACAGGAUAUAUUUUAUUUUUGUUUUCUCAACUCUCACCCAAUCAAUUCUAAUAAUAAAAAAUAAAAUAAUUAUAAGCAUUUAGGACUUCAUGUAUUGUAACUAUUUCAGUGUUAAUAACGAUUUUGAGUAAAAGGCUUUGAGGCUGUAAUCUUUGAUGUGUAUUUGUAAAAGGGUUAACACAGAAUGUAUUGGUAAAUUGAGUUAUUAAGGCAAAAUAUGCAAAGCAACAAUCGUAUCCUUGACACAGUACAUGGUAACCUAAUUUCUAAUUUAAUUGGAAAAAUGGGUUUUAACCAGAUUUCACAUGAAAAUUCUGUCAAUAAGUUAUUAAUAUGACAACUGUUAAGUGUAUUGUAUUAUUAACCAGACAUUUUAUUAACUGAUGAUCAAGAUCCUUUUUGUAAAAGUAAUGCUGUGUCCUUUUUUAUUGUGUGUGCUAAAUGGAAAUGUAAUUAAAAUGUUUGUCUCAUACUCAAUUUUACUUUUUAAAGAAAAUAUUAGAAAUUAUUAAAAAAAUAUAUAUAUAUAACCUGAUUAUACCCAGUUUUCACCGGUGAGUUUGUACAAAAAUAAAGCUAGAUUAAACUUGAUUUUUAAUAUUAAAGUUUUUACCAUUUUUUUUUAACCCAAAUAUAAUUAGAAAAGAAAAAAAAAAGAAAACCUGUCAAAACUGUCAAAAAGUAUUGUCAUUUAAUUGUAUCUGGUAUAAAUGUAAUGUAAAAACUGUAAAAAAAUAUGAUACACAAUAAUAAAUAUU